GAAACGUGGCAGCCAAUUGCUUUAAGACAGGAACAGGAGCCAUGGUUAAAACACGAAAUGAACUUUGUUUUGCAGAACAAAUUGGUUGAUAUUUGUGAGAAAUUGCAACUGAGGUUAGCUUCAGUGGAGAGGUUCGUGGAGGAAAGACUGAGCGGCAAGAACCACAGUGUUAAGGGAGAGGCCAGCGUGGCCAGGGAGCUGAUUAUCCAGCGGCUGAACCACGUGCGGGAGGCGUGCGAGAGUGAGGAACAGCGUCUGCUGGAGGUGGUUCACGCCGAGGAGGAGCGAGCCCAGCAGAGCAUCCUGACCCAGAAAUCCUACUGGUCCGAGUCCCAGGACAAGCUGCUGGGAAUCAAAGCCUACCUGGUGGACACCCUCACCAAGAUGGACGACGCCACACUGCUUAAGCUGCAGUCGGAUGUAUUCGAGAGGGCAGAAGAAGCGGAGGGAAUCCUCGAACCGCAGGACUCGGAUAAAUUGAACUUCAAUCCCAUGUGUGCUCGCAGUCACCUCCUCGACAGCCUGUGGGCAUCCAUUGCCAUGAUCUGCACAGCUGGGGUCAAGAAUCUACACAUUGACGAACGCACCAUCAACCAGUCACUGAUCCUGUCUGACAAUAAGAAGGUCCUGGCCUUUGUGACCAAGAAAGUCCAGAGGUACCCGGACUGCCCCGAGCGGUUUGACUACUGGCCCAACGCCCUAGCGCUGGAGAGUUUCCAAUCCGGGAUCCACACUUGGAAGGUGGACGUGGGCAAGAGCUGCGCUUACAAAGUGGGGGUCGCUCAGAACUCUCUCUCCCGCAAAUCUCCCGGCCCGGAGUCUCGGCUGGGGUACAAUGCCUUCUCCUGGGUCUUUUCCCGCUACGACGAGGAAUACACUGUCACCCACCACGGCAAACCCCAGGCCCUGGAUCUGCUCAAACGACCCACGCAGAUUGGCGUGUUGGUGGACUUCGAAGGGGGUGAAGUAUUGUUCUACGAUCCCAACUCGUGCGUCCUGAUACAUUCCUUCCGUGCGAAGUUCACGGAUCCCGUUUAUGCAGCAUUUGCAGUCGCUGACCAGAGCAUAGCCAUCAUUCAGUAACACAGUGACGGAGGCGGUUGGGGGGGGGAAAGGGUUGUUACUUGUCUCCCAAGCAUUCAGUGGUAAUAAUAAUAAUAAUCCUUGCAUUUGAUAUAGCGC